UGCAGUCACUAUCCCUUCUGCACUCUCCACUCCACGCCUGGUGGGGUCCCAUCUCGCCCCACAGCAUGUCCUUGCUAUGCAUGGUGGCUUGACCCGGAUCCCGCGCAGCAGGGAAGGCAGACUGAAGCUGAGAAAGAUACUUGUUGGUCACCCCAGCGAUGGCAGUGGCAGCCAGGAUAGUCAGGACUACGACCUCCCCGCAUGCCAACAUCACCACCACGGCUUGGCCGGGCUUCUUAGACAGCUGGCUUAGCCGGAUCCCAUUACCCAAAUGGGCGCUCAUCGCCGUGGCUGUGGCAGGGGCCAUUCUCCUCCUCCUCUUCCUUAUCUGCAUCAUCAGGUGCUGCAGUGGCAAGAAGAAGCCCAAGAAGAAGGAGAGAAUCAGCUUGUGCCCUGUCAGCAACUCAACCACAGCCAGCCUUGUCCAGCCUGAGAUGGAGGACCUGGAGCGGGGAGUGGAGCAGAUGCGUCGAGGAAAGCUGCAGUACUCCCUGGACUACAAUUUCCGCACACAGGAGCUGAAAGUUGGUGUGAAGCAGGCAGUUGAGCUGAAGGCCAUGGACAGUGGAGGCACAUCCGAUCCGUAUGUGAUUGUCUACCUAACAUCUGAUAUGAAGAAGAGAUACGAGACCAAGGUCUACCGCAAGACCCUGAACCCCAUCUUCAAUGAGAGCUUUACUUUCCAGGUACCCCAGGCAGAGGUGCCUGAAUCCACACUGGUGAUGCAGAUUUAUGACUUCAACCGCUUUGCCAAGCACGACAUCAUUGGUGAGGUCCGGCUGCCCCUGGCCAGUGUCAACCUGCAGCAUGUUAUUGAGCAAUGGAGUGAACUGGCAGCGGCCAGUAAAGUGGAGGAAGAGCAGCUGGGUGAGAUCUGCUUCUCACUGCGCUAUGUCCCCAGCACUGGCAAGCUGACGGUGCUCAUCCUGGAAGCCAGGAAGCUGAAGAGGAUGGACUCUCAUGGACUCUCAGAUCCUUUUGUCAAGGUGCAUCUCAUCUUGAACAAGAAGAAAUGGAGGAAGAAGAAGACAAGUGUGAAGAAAAACACCUUAAGUCCUUACUUCAAUGAGGUGUUUGUUUUUGAGGUGCCUUUCAAUCAGAUCCAGAAUGUAGAUGUUGUCAUCUCCGUCUGGGAUCAUGACAAAGUGACCAAGAACGAGCCCAUUGGCAAACUCUUCCUGGGCUGUCGAGCCACAGGCAACCAGCUGCGGCACUGGUCCGACAUGCUGUCCAACCCACGCCGGCCCCUCGCCCAGUGGCACAUCCUGCAGCCCCCCGAUGUGGUUGACAAAGCCCUAGGACUGAAGUCUCACCUCAAGCUGCCCCUGGCCUCCAGAUAGUGGGGGUCUCCUUCUCCACCCAGAGAGCAGAAUGGUGGGCUUGAGGAGGAGAGAGGAGCUUCUGCUCAGC